GGGAUAACAUUUGAUCAACAUUCUCUUUGAUAGCUUCAUCACACUUCCCCAGUUACCGGAAUCGGAGCUGAUUAAGCUGAAAAAGAUGAUCGGAAAAUGCGAAUACUGAGUAGAUUAGCCUCAGCCACCACCCACCAAGUCGUGUAAUUGAAGCAAAAAACGAAUCCCAAACCCCACACACUAUUCCCAAAUCAAAAAUCUCAAUUCAAAUCCCCCAAUUCCCAAUUCCGGCAAUGCCACCCGCCGCCGCCAUCCCUUCCCUCUGCGUCCUCACCCUCUUCUCCAUCCUGCUUUUCCUCUCCCUCACCACCGCCCCCCGCCGCCCCCCGCCGCCGUCGCUCUUCCCCAGCCGCCACCGCCUCCUCCUCCACGACAACCAGACCGCCCCCGCCCCGCCCCCGCCCAGACUAGCCUACCUCAUUUCCGGAUCCGUUAACGAUUCGGGGCGGGUCCUCCGCCUUCUCCACUCCGUGUACCACCCCAGGAACCAGUAUCUCCUCCACCUCGAUCGCUCUGCUACCCAAUCCGAGCGCGACGCCUUGGCCGCCACCGUCGAAUCGGCGCCGCUUUUCAGGGCUGCGGCGAAUGUCCAUGUUGUUGGCAAGGCGGAUUAUGUCCUCUCCAAUGGGCCGUCGGCGCUCUCCUCCACGCUUCACGGCGCCUCUGUUUUGCUCCGUUUGUCGGACAAGUGGGAUUGGUUUAUCACUCUCUCUGCUGCUGAUUACCCGCUUGUCACUCAAGAUGAUCUUUUGCACAUAUUGUCAUAUCUACCUAGGAAUCUUAAUUUUGUGAAUCAUACAAGCUACAUUGGCUGGAGGGAAUCGAGGAAAUUGAAGCCGAUAAUAGUUGAUACUGCACUCUACCUUACUGACAACAUUGAGACAUUUUUUGCAACUCAAAAUCGACCACUGCCAGAUGCCUAUCGCUUAUUCACAGGUUCAUCAAUGGCUCUCUUGAGUCGAAAUUUCGUCGAGUUCUUCAUCUUGGGAACAGACAACCUACCAAGAACUCUACUGAUGUACCUCUCCAACACACCGAAACCAACUUCCGUCUACUUCCCCACUCUUCUGUGCAACUCCCGUCAAUUCAAACGGACAACAAUCAACCACAGCUUGCUUUUCUCCUCUCUCGACUCCAGGCAGCGGAUCCGCCAGCUCAACUCCAGCGACUUCCAGGAACUAGUCCAGAGCGGAGCAGCCUUCGCCUCAGCCUUUCCCCAGAACGACCCCAUUUUGGACCGUAUCGAUCUAGAGCUCCUGCAGCGCUCUCCCAACAAACCAGUACCCGGUGGCUGGUGUUUAGGUGACUCCGGUGAGCAUAAAUGCAGCGUUUGGGGUGAUUCCGACGUUCUAAGGCCUGGCUCAGGAGCCAGAAGGCUCGAAAAACAACUGGUUCGGCUUCUGUCGAAGGAACCGACUCAAUGUUUGGAUGAGUAAUCCAUGCUUCUGAAUCUGAUUAAUAUUGCUAAAUGCAUUUUUACUCAACUAAUUCAAAAUCUCUCCAAAAAAAACUUCUACCAAUUCUUUAUUGUGGGCUUUGGCUUUAGCUUUUCUUUCACAUAUGAAAUGUAAUGGUUACAAAACUGUUGGUCGGAGAGGAAGCGUCUUAACGGUUGGUGCGGGCUUAGCUUGACAGAUAACUAGUUUAACAAGAAUAUCUGACCAUAUAAUUUAUCUUUUGUCUUUAAUAUAGCUACAUGUUGGAGCCAAAGUUUUAAUGAUAACGAGUGUUUGAUUAAA